UGUUAUUAGAAGAAACAACAGUAGCUGCCGCUGGUAGGGAGGUUUCCCAUUUGCUCUGAAGGAGGCCAUGUUGAAGCACUUUCUUAAGACACCUUCCAGUCUGAGUGUCAAAAAAAGAUCAUCUAAGAUGAUCCGAUUUUUUAAAAAUAGAGACGAAUUUGAGGUCACUGCUUGGUUUUCAUGCCCUGGAGCAACAUGCAGAUCUUACCUCUGAAAGGUAAUGCAGGAAAAUAUUCCUCAGCUGAGUGAAGAUUGCAAGAAUCCUGAAAUUAUUUGAUCUGUCAUGGGGGGAUGCUUCUGUGAAACUGCCAGAGGACUUCAGCAUAGAGCAUCUGGUGUCUCUGCCCUCACCUACCUGUGGCAAAGUCCGAAAUGAACCACACUUGGACAUAUAACCUGAGCUUUGGUGCUCCUACAGAUCCUGUUGAGCAAAGAGCUGGACUCUCACGAAAUGGGCACACAGUAGUGGCUGUUUUUCUUGGAUUUAUCUUGUUCUUUGGUUUCCUGAAUAACUUGAUUGUCCUCAUCCUCUUCUGCAAAUUUAAAACCCUCCGUAACCCUGUCAACAUGCUCCUCCUGAACAUCAGUAUCAGUGACAUGUUAGUCUGCAUCUCAGGCACUACCCUGAGUUUUGCAUCUAACAUCCAUGGCAAAUGGAUUGGAGGGGAGCAUGGUUGUAGGUGGUAUGGCUUUGUCAAUUCCUGCUUUGGCAUUGUGUCCCUGAUCUCCCUGGCUGUCCUGUCCUACGAACGCUACAGCACCCUCACCCUGUGUAACAAGCGCAGCGAUGACUAUCGCAAGGCGUUGCUGGCAGUUGGCGGUUCCUGGAUUUAUUCCUUGCUCUGGACUGUGCCACCUCUGCUUGGAUGGAGCAGUUAUGGGAUAGAAGGUGCAGGCACCAGCUGUUCGGUGCGCUGGUCCUCUGAGUCAGCUGAGUCCACGUCCUAUAUCAUUUGUCUCUUCAUAUUCUGCUUGGUCAUCCCUGUAAUGGUCAUGAUGUACUGCUAUGGUCGGCUCUUUUAUGCUGUCAAACAGGUUGGAAAAAUCCACAAGAGCACUGCUCGCAAAAGAGAAUACCACGUACUGUUCAUGGUGAUCACUACAGUUAUCUGUUAUCUUGCAUGUUGGAUUCCCUAUGGAGUUAUAGCACUACUUGCAACAUUUGGUAAGCCAGGUGUGGUGACUCCUGUUGCAAGCAUCAUCCCUUCCAUCUUAGCAAAAAGCAGUACAGUUUGCAAUCCCAUUAUCUACAUACUUAUGAAUAAGCAGUUUUACAAAUGCUUUCGCCUGCUUUUCCACUGUGAACCUCCUUCCUCAACUGAUGGAGAGCCCACCUGCCACUCCAAGGUAACCGUUAUCCAGCUGAAUCAGAGAACAGACGCUGGAAAGGUGUGCAAUAAUGAACCAUGUCCAGAAACAGACCAUAAAGUCACUUCUCUCCUGCACCCAGAGUCCAGCCUGGAGCCAGCUGCAAAAGCUGUACCACCACUGUAAGAGGAAAAUUGAUUCUGAUGGAAAAUACAAGCCUUAAACAGAAAAUGUCUGAUUUCACUGUCACGUUACCCAGCUAACCUUAAAAUUACUAGAGGAAAUUGCCAUUUGUGGGAUAAGAAAGCUGUCAAGAACAAAAACUGGGACUCUGUUACCAUUUCCUUAGUGACAGCAAAGAUGGUAUGGUUCAUAAUGACAAAAUUCCAAGCAGUACCACUGACUUUCCUGUAAAUUAGUUAAUGGAGCACUCAGAAAUGGUAACAUUUUAGUUCUCAGUGACCUGUGGAUGUGUGUCCUCCAGAAUCAAUCUAAAAGAUAUGUACUAUCUAAUUUAGCUCCUUGCUUUUCCUAUGUCAUUCUACACAGUCCAUUCUUUGUGGUUUCAAAUUAGGUAAAUCAGAUAACUAAUUUCUGGCAGUCAAUUCAAUUUUUUUGCUUGUAUUGGCAGUCAAUUAAAAUUUUUUGCUUGUAUUGGACAAGGAUGUUUUUAAGGAUUAAACGGUGACUCAGAGCUAGUUUCUGAGUGGUAACAGUUAAUUUACAGCAACACCUUUGCAUUUAAAUCUAAGGUAAAUGAACUGGAAGAUGAGUUUGACAAUGCCCCAUCCCUGGAGGCGCUCAAGGCCAGGUUGGAUGGGGCCCUGGGCAGCCUGAGCUGGUGGGGGGCAGCCCUGCCCAAGGCAGGAGUUUGGGCUGCUGGGCUCUGAGGUCCCUUCCAACCCAAACUGUUCAGUGAUUCUAUGAAUCUGUGAAUGACUAGAGACUAUCAUACACUGAGGUGUCCUUGGGCCACAGAGGUUUAUCUUUCCUGGUGGAAAUGUGAGUAAUCCUGAGACUUACAGACCUGAUGCACCUGUCAAACGCACAAAUCCAGCAAAAAAAACCCACCAAACGAUGGUCAGUGCCAGACUUUUUUUUCUUUAGCAUCUUUAACACCACAGUCAAAGAGACCAAUAGUGUGGUACAGCCAGCACUUUCAUCCUAACAGCUGAUGAGUGAGAACCCAAGACACUCAGGAUAACACAUUUGAUCUACAGGACACACAAAAAACACCCCCCAAAAUGCUCUUUCUUGGGGGGAAAAAAAACCAAAAACAUUUGUGAGCUGCUUUCUUUGUAUGAAUUGAAUCCUAAUUAAAAUAGAAAACAAAUGGGUUCAGUACUGUCCCAUACCUUCUAAGAUAUGAACUUCCUCCACAUGGGAAUACCUCCAGAUCUUAUUGCCAUCUAAGUUUACAAAAAACAUCUUUAAUACAAUAGCAGCACUUUAAACCAUGAGGACAUUCGCACUAGUACUAGGAUGGAUUCAGUUUUUCUCUGCUCUCUAAACUUGCUCAUUUUAUUCUGCUUUCCUCUGAAUGUCCAAUCUCAUUUCCAUUUGUAAUCCCAAUUAUCUCUACACAUCUUUUUGUGUUAUUGCUUCCCUGGUUUCUCCUCUGCAGCUGAAAUUUUCUCCCCCACACGCUGACUUUAGUUUCCAGGUUUCCCUUCUUUAAUUCUUUUCCCUGUGCUGCUCAGAGUACAUCUAUUUGCUUCUUUCAUCUAUGUAAUUUUCACAUCACUGCCCAAUGCAAUAUCAUCUACAAGUUUGUUUCAUAUCUCAUCACUCCUCCUUGAUCAUCACCAUAAAGGAUAAACAAAUUUUCUGAUAGCCUGUAAGGCAAAGAAUUUCCAUAUAAUACACCCAAACACUGGUCUCUGUUCACAGUCCUUAAGUUAGCUUUCAGACAAUGCACAAUUACUACAUAUAAAACAGUACCAACUGGCUCACUCAGAACCUAAGUAGAUGUUAAUGGAAGAUGGAAAGAGAGUUGUUAUCCCAUAACCUUGUAGUCUGGGCAGAAUUAAUCCCACAGAGAUGUACAUUUGCAUUUCCAAGCAGUAUGGUCUACAGUCCUCUUUAAAGACAUUGACAAGAGGCAGGCAUUUCUGUGGUAAAAUUCAUCAGACUUAUUUUAGAUAUCUGUUUUAUGAUGGGAUGAAAUUGAUCCUUAUAAGUGUUGUUUUUUCUCUUCAGUGACUAGGUAGAAAGUGAACAGACAGUCUGGUUCUUGAUAUCUGUACCUUCUCCCUUCUAGAUCUAAAGCUCUUUAGCUUAGAGAAAAAUCAUGUAAAUACUUUUUUCAGGAACACUGGAUGAAGAAAUGAAAACAAAGUGUGAUUCAUCUGACCAAAUUUGCUCAAUGAUGCAGACAUCUACACCUCAAAUAGCUAUCACAGAUUCCUUUGCUAUCAGUGGAAGAAAGUGCAUUCUCGGGAUGCAGUGCCUGUCAACUCAUCCUAUAGUAAGCACUUAAGCACGGAUCAUGUGAAGACGUUCCUUCUGAUGACAAUGGGAAAAAAGGAAUGGUAGCACAGAUAACUUGUAUUUCUCUUGUAUUAUACCUCUCUCUCAGUGUAAGCCAGGAGUUUUACACGUAGAAAGGAGCACAGGUCUAACAGCCAUAUUUACCCUUUGCUCUGCUGUGUCUGAGGCUGACAAUCACACUAUCACAAUCAUAAUGUGGAGGCAUCUAAAGCUAGGACAUAUGAAUCCUGCACUCUGACUAACCUGGCUAUGGACAGAAAUCAGUUUUAUGUGCAAGGACCAAGCUGAUGGGAGAUGGCCUUUUUUCACUCAUAAGGAUGUAUGGGAAUCAGAGUGAAAAG